GGGCGUGGCCAGACCAUGGCGACCGCAGAGCCCAGCGGGCACGCGGCGCGAGCGUCUAGUCCUGGACCUCGGCCUGGCGGGGCCCCAGACCGCGCGGCGGGAGCUGCGGGGCCGCCCUCCGGGCGAAGCCGCAGCAGAGUCCCCCGGCUGGGGGAGCGGACCCCGGCGGCUGUGGAGAAGCGGGGGCCGUACAUGGUGACGCGAGCGCCUUCCAUUCAGGCCAAGCUGCAGAAGCACCGGGACCUGGCCAAGGCCGUUCUGCGGAGAAAAGGCAUGCUGGGGGCCUCACCGAAGCGCCCUGACUCUUCAGGGAAAAGGUCAGUGAAGUUUAACAAGGGCUAUACUGCCCUUAGUCAGAGUCCAGAUGAAAACCUGGUGUCCCUCGACUCUGACAGUGAUGGGGAGCUGGAAUCCAGAUACUCUUCCGGGUAUUCCUCUGCAGAGCAGGUGAACCAAGAUGUGAGCCGGCAGCUGCUCCAGGAUGGGUAUCACCUAGAUGAGAUUCCAGAUGAUGAGGACUUGGAUCUCAUUCCCCCCAAGCCUAUGGCCUCCUCAACGUGCUCCUGCUGCUGGUGCUGUCUUGGGGACUCUUCCUCCUGUACCCUCCAGUAGACAUAACCCUCUAAGAUGGGCUCUGCUGGCAUAGCAAGCAGGGCCCUGUUGGCCAUUAUUCAUAGUUCACAGAGAGCAGUGGGAACUACAGUCAGCCCCAGAAUUACUGAAGGCACUGACCCUCUGGGAAGGUCAGUGACCUGCAGUUACCUGGUGCUUCUCAGGCCAGAGGCCUCCAUCUGGGCCACAGGGUAAUAGGUGGCAUUCUGCAGUUCUCCUCUGCUAUUGGAGCAGAGUUUGGAGAAACCACUUUAAUAAGGGCAAGAACAGAAGAAUUCUGGUUUUAUGGUGAGUGACAAAGUUGGCUAAGAAAAACACUUGCAGACUUCUUGACUGGUAUUUGUCAUCAUGCUCUAGGGAGGGUAAAAGAGAGCUUUUGUGCCCAGGCUGUGCUGGAUCAUGUUAUAUGGAGGCAGAAAAUAGCAUUUUAUGGCUUGCAACUGGGACUCGUUGAAAGAGAAUUCAACUCUUGGGGACCAGUUCAAGAAAGUCCAUGUGUUCUCCUCUUCCUAGCUCCAAGAUGGGUUACGUGUUUGACCUUCAAGAGAGCAUAAAGCAGGGCCCUUUGGCCCUCAUCUGGUUGUGCCUGUCCAUGGCAGGGAGUACAGCAGGUUGCUUGAUGGUACAGCAGGAUCAAGGCUUCCAGAAUCAUUGGCCUCAGGGUAUCCUGGUCCAACUGUCUGGGUGGGUUUAGUGACUCUGGUCAUCCCAUCUCUAGUUAGAGAAGAACUGCUCCACUAUGUACCUGUUCGUCUUGCCUUGGUCACCAUUCUUUGCCUUGGUGUUAGCUAGUUUCUCCACCCAGUCUUGGAGCUAAAGCUUGGGUGAAGGGACUGGAGCUUGCCCCAGAAGCCUGCAGUUUUUGAUUACCAGUAGAGGGAGCUGCAGGGAGCAGUCAGGUGCCUUCCUGUUUGUUUAGCUUUUUAAACUUGAGAAGUAGCAACGGAUGAGAAGUGUACUGGCACAGUUAUGUGGGUUUUGAUAUAGACAGAAGCUCUGAGACAGGACAGGGAGGAGGGACCUGUGCCAGCUCCCAAGGCCCCUGCCUGAGGAGAUAAUUUGCCAUUGUAGAGGGCCUCCCUUCACCCCAGUGUGGGCCAUUCUAUUGGGUCCAGCCCUCCAGAUUCCUCUGACCACUGCAUGGGCCUCACAGUGGAUACUCAGGAUUGGGCUUUACAGUAAACUUCUGGGUGCAACACAGCCUCUCUCAGGCCCCAGUCUGAACACAGCAAAGAUAGGCAUAAUCUCCCCUGUGACCCCAACUAGAUAGCAUCUAUCGCUGUAUCAAGCCUCUCUCUAGAAUUUAGUUUUUCAAUGGUUCCUUUUUUUGUUUUGUUUUUUUGCUUCAAACUAGAAUUAUGGUGAGGACUGAGUGGAAAUGGACAGGGUUCCAAGUCUAAGGGGCAUGAUAGUCAGGAUUGGGGUGUGGGCUUCACCUGGGAAAGUGCCCGGUCUUUUGCUUCAUUUGAUGUCCUGUGACUGCUAGGGGUAUAUGAGGGGUGGCGUGGACUCUUGCUCUACCACAUGGGGUGAUUGGAAGACUGAAAAAACAUCAGAUAAAAAAGGCCUUAUUUGUCAUUUGUCACAUGACUAUCCUCAUGAGGAUAAUCCUAUCAAUUCUUGAUUAGCAUCUAUCUUGGUGCUUUUCUCAAGUUGUAGAAAGUUUAGAGGAAUAUACGGUAUCUAGGGAGCUGUGGCUACUUUUAUUCUACAAUCUAGCAGCAUCACAGCAGGAGGGAGACAGGACAGAGACCAGAGGCACCUCAGGUUGGGGUCUGGGGAACAGGGGAGGGAGAUGGUUAUUCUAUUCUGGAAUGGGACUCUGCAACUCUACACAGGUGCCCAACAUUCUGAGCACUUUCUGCAAAUACCUGCAGGGAGUGAGAACAUCUCCAUUCUGAACCCCUUUGCCCAUCCACAGAGACUAUAGCCAGGCCUUUCUGGUCUCUGCAGAGGUGGACGAGUGCAAAUGAAGAAAGGGCUCGGGUGCAGGACAGUGUAAAGAAAGAGUGGUGGUAGUGGGAAACCCAGUGGGGGCCAGAAAGUGGCUGUGGAAGCCAAGUGGGGGGCCACAUUUCUGUGGGGGUUAGUUAGGACAGAGUAGCUUGAACAUUUGGCAGAUGCUGGGGGUGAGGGAGGCAGCAGGACCCCAAGACCAAGGCCCUCUGGGUGGCUGUUGCUAUAAAUCAACACUGGUAUAUUUGGCUGCAACUGUCCCUGGAGAGGAUGUUCCAGAGCUGGGUGACCCCAUGUGGGAGGCAUUCCCUCGGUGGAAAAAGUUGCACAAAUCUGGAACAGGGGACAUUGUGCAGGGAGCCAGGGUAGAAAUAGUUGUUUGGGGCCAGAGGUCACAGGCUAAACUGUCACCAGUAAAGGCACCAAGGUGCCCAGAGCCAAACUGCCUUAAUUCAGAGUGCUGGGUGUUCUGCAGGUGACAGGGCCCUAGGGAGAGACGGUGUAUCUGGGCUUACCUCACAGAUGGGAGUGGUACUGUAUGGUGUUUACAGAACUCUCGGCUUAUGCUUCUACAGCUCUGUAAGUUUAUAAGAAUAAAUACAAUCAUGCUAGUUGA